AGGCGCUGCUCGACCUCCGCCUCCAAAUCGCAGUUUCGCUCGGCUCGGCCUUUUUAAUAGCCGCGCACGGGUGCGCUUUGCUUGACACUUGACACCACUCGCAAUCGCUGGAAUUUUCUCAGGCGGCCGGGAAGCAACAAGAAGGCAAGCGCUCCGAGGCGCAGCUCCUCCGGUCCAGAGAGAGAGAGGGAGAUCCCAGCCAGGCGUAUGGCGUCCAUGGAGACACGCAAGGAGGAGCAGGGGGCAGCUGUGGGGUGGAUGACGGUGCCGACGUUUGGGGACUGGGACAUGAAGAACGGCCCCGUCCCAGACUACUCCAUGGACUUCUCCAAGAUCCGAGAGAUGCGCAAGCAGAACAAGCGCGAGCUCUCCCGGGCCAGCCUCGGAGGCGAUGACGACCUCCUCGCCCAGCAGCAAAAGGCCACGCAGCAGCCGCAGCUCCAGCCCGGCAAGGCCGGCUUCGCCUCUUCAGCCGCCGACGACCCCCACCACGCUGACCAAGACGACUCCCCCACGGGAAGGAAGAAGUUCCUGAGCUAUUUCCAGUGCUGUACCAGAGCUUGAAGGUUUGUGGACGCUGCCCAUGUCUGUCACGGCACAUAACUCCUGCGCAAAUAGCAUGCAGGAACCGUCUCGUAUUGUAAAGUUUGCAUAAUACUCCCUCCAUCUAACCAAAGAUGUCUCAAGUUUGUUAAAAUUUGGAUGUAUCUAGACAUGACUUACUCUAUAGAUGCAUUUAAAUUUGAUCAAAAUUUAAAUGACAUCAUUUGUUGAACGGAGAGAGUAUGUAAUUUCCUGUUCCUCUUCCCCCAUUCAGCGAGGGGGAAGCGAGGGGGAAGGGGGAAAUUUUGAGGGAUGAAAAGAGCAUCCGUACUUUGUAAUAUCAUCUUCUGAAGGAUGAUUGCAUAUGAAUUUGAUCGGGUUAUGGUUGGGACAAUAUAACUUGUACCGAUUGGUUGUUCAA